UCGAUCCACAACCUUGUAGAGCUUGAGUCUUUGAUUCGUUCUAGCAAGGAUCUAUCCCAUACUAUCCAGAGAAGCAAUCUAGGGACGUAUUAUGUGGUAUCAGAGCAUCUCUGGUUAGGGAAGUACUCGUUUCUCUUUUGUUUCGAUUUAACCUGUUCAUCUUCUUGAUCAGUUUUUAGAUCGAUCCGCUUUGUUUCAACUGAUCUGUUCUUUGUUUCGCAAUAUCCAUUGAUUGAUCUGUGAUCCGUGGUCGUUUGAGUGUGUGAUCUAAUCAUUUUGUGUCGAUCUAAUUGUUAAAAGUUUGAGAUUGAUAGAUCUAGGUUUCGCGUUUUUAGAUCCGAUUGUUAUCGAUUCAUAUUCUAGAUUUGAUCUUUUGUUUGAAUCUAAUUGAUCGUGUGAUCUGUUUUAAAUCACCUAUAACAACUAGAUCUACUUGUGUGUCGUCGAAAUCUGAUUAACAAACCUACCUUGAUCGCGUUUCUAUUGUGAUUUUCAAGUUGUCGAUUUGAAUCCUUCUUUGCUUGAUAAUCAAGUUUUCUUUUACCGCCAGUUAUUUUCAGUUUAAAAUCUCUUGAUCAUCUACUGAUUACGAUCAGUUUAUUGGAACUAUUUACUGGUUGAGUGUUGUUAUUGAUUCUAGGUACCAAUGGGGAAAGAAUCAGAAGAAGAAGCCGAGCUAGUAAGGAAGAACAAGAUGCUGAGAGAUCAAAUGACCGAACAAAUGAAUCAGACCAUGAUCUCUACUAUGGCUGAUAUGCUCAAGGCUAGCAUGAAGGAAUUACGUGAGGAGAUGAGACAAGAGUUGAGGCAAGCUACUGGCCAGGGACAUAGCAAUGAGUCUAGAAGAAACCGGCCUACUCCAGUACGGCAAGAGCAUGCGGGUUCACAAGAAACCGACAACUACUACUCGCGCAAUAGAACUGAGCACAACCCAACGGAGCGCAGUAGUUCAUCUUCUGAACUGAGCAGAGGAAGAUCAAGGCGUGAACAUGAUGGAAGGGGGUCACGCAAAGACAAGCUUUCAGGACUUAAGCUUAAGAUUCCACCCUUCCAUGGCAAGGUGGAUCCAGAUGCCUACUUGGAGUGGGAAAAGAAGAUCGAGCUUGUCUUCAAUUGUCAACACUACUCCAAUGCCCAAAGGAUCAAGAUUGCAGCAACUGAAUUCUAUGAUUAUGCGUUGAGUUGGUGGGAUCAACUUGUAACUACUAGACGGCUUAACCAAGAGAAUCCGGUUGAUUCAUGGCACGAGAUGAAGUCACUCAUGCGCAAACGGUUUGUUCCAAGUCACUAUCACCGCGACCUACAUCAAAAGCUGCGAAGACUUACCCAAGGAACACGAACUGUUGAAGAAUACUAUCAAGACAUGGAGUUGCUGAUGUUGAGAGCUAGUAUCUUGGAGGAUAGAGAAGCCACUAUGGCAAGGUUUCUUGGAGGGCUUAACCGUGAGAUACAAGACAAUGUGGAGAUGCAACACUAUGUGGAAAUAGAAGAGAUGUUGCACAAAGCUAUUCUAGUGGAGCAGCAGCUCAAGAGGAAGGGUAACUCACGCAGCUAUGGAUCAUCUAAGUUCCACCACUCUAAAGAAGAGAAAACAUCCUAUCUGAAGGAUAGCAAGCCUCAGCAGAAAGAAGAGACUAAGCCGAGCAGCAUAUACAGCAAAGACAAAGGCAAAGCUGAAAUUACUAGUUCAAGAACUAGAGAUGUUAAGUGCUUCAAAUGUCAAGGGCGUGGGCAUUAUGCUAAUGAGUGCACCAACAAAAAGGUUAUGAUUCUUCUUGAGAAUGGAGAGUAUGAAUCAGAGGAAGAGAAGUUUGGUUCUGAUCAUGAGGAGUCUGAAGAAGAAAGUGAAGUAGAACCCGUGAAAGGAAGAUUGUUGGUGACAAGAAGGCUCUUGAACGUGCAAGCCAAGAAUGGAGAGUUUGAGCAGCGAGAGAAUCUAUUCUACACAAGGUGUAUGGUUCAGGGAAAGGUGUGCAGUCUCAUUAUUGAUGGAGGAAGUUGUGUCAAUGUAGCCAGUGAGACUAUGGUGAAGAAAUUGGGUUUGAAAAUUCAGAAACACCCAAGACCCUACAGAUUGCAGUGGCUCAAUGAGGAGGGCGAGAUGAAAGUUUCUACUCAAGUACUGGUUCCUAUAGCCAUUGGUAGAUAUGAAGAUGAAGUCUUGUGUGAUGUGUUGCCAAUGGAAGCCAGUCAUAUACUCCUUGGAAGACCCUGGCAGUAUGAUAGACGUGUGAAUCAUGAUGGCUUCACCAACAAACAUUCUUUUGAAUUCAACGGAAAGAAGACUGUGCUGGUGCCUCUGUCUCCUAAAGAGGUUCAUGAAGAUCAAAUCCAGCUUCAGAAAAAGAAAGCGAAAGAGAUUGAUCUCAAACCUGAUCAUGACAAGCAUCACAGCCUCUAUGCCAAACAGGGAGAUAUCAAAAGAAUUCUCUACUCUCAAAAUUCUAUUAUCUUGCUUAUGUUUAAAGAGACUCUUCUAACCAUUACUGAUCACACACCGGAUCAUCCGAGUGAACUAGUUUCUCUUUUACAGGAGUAUGCAGAUGUGUUUCCAGAAGAUAGCCCCAUUGGAUUGCCUCCAGUGCGUGGGAUUGAGCACCAAAUAGACUUUGUACCUGGUUCUACACUGCCCAACCGUCCAGCAUACAGGACCAAUCCACUUGAAACCAAAGAACUGCAGAAACAAAAAGAUGGGAGCUGGCGCAUGUGUGUUGAUUGUAGAGCAAUCAACAACAUAACAGUGAAGUAUCGCCACCCUAUUCCUAGAUUAGAUGAUAUGCUUGAUGAAUUGCAUGGUUCUUGCAUCUUUUCUAAGAUAGACUUGAAAAGUGGAUAUCAUCAGAUUAGGAUGAAAGAAGGAGAUGAAUGGAAAACUGCAUUUAAAACUAAACAUGGCUUGUAUGAAUGGUUAGUUAUGCCAUUUGGAUUAACCAAUGCGCCUAGUACAUUCAUGAGAUUGAUGAAUCAUAUUCUUAGGUCUUUCAUAGGCAUCUUUGUUGUUGUGUACUUUGAUGAUAUCUUAGUUUACAGCAAAUGCUUAGAAGAUCAUAUAGAACAUCUUAGGGCUGUUUUGGAUGUUUUGAGAAAGGAAAAGCUAUAUGCCAAUCUAAAGAAGUGCACUUUUUGCACAGAUAACUUGGUCUUUCUAGGUUUUGUUGUAAGUGCAGAUGGUGUAAAAGUGGAUCAGGAAAAGAUCAAAGCAAUACAAGAGUGGCCGAGUCCAACUACAGUGGGAGAAGUAAGGAGUUUUCAUGGACUGGCAGGUUUCUAUAGGCGCUUUGUGAAGGAUUUCAGCACUCUAGCAGCUCCCCUAACUGAGAUAAUCAAGAAGGAUGUAGGAUUCAAGUGGGGAGAAGCUCAGGAAGCCGCAUUCCAACUCCUUAAAGAGAAGCUUACUCAAUCUCCUCUUCUCAUACUUCCUGAUUUUUCUAAAACAUUUGAAAUAGAAUGUGAUGCCUCAGGAAUUGGAAUUGGUGCUGUGUUGAUGCAGGAUAAAAGACCUAUUGCUUAUUUCAGCGAGAAACUCAGUGGAGCUACUCUCAACUACGCCACUUAUGACAAAGAACUCUACGCCUUGGUGAGAGCUCUACAGACUUGGCAGCAUUAUCUCUGGCCAAAGGAGUUUGUCAUUCACACCGACCAUGAAUCUCUCAAGUAUCUCAAAGGACAAAGUAAGCUCAGCAAGAGACAUGCUAGAUGGGUAGAAUUCAUUGAAACCUUCCCGUAUGUGAUCAAAUACAAACAAGGUAAGGAGAAUAUAGUUGCUGAUGCACUAUCCCGAAGGUAUGUCCUCUUAACUACUCUUGAUGCUAAGUUGCUAGGCUUUGAGCAGAUUAAAGAAAUGUAUGAAUCUGAUCCUGACUUUCAAGAAGCUUAUAAAUCAUGUGCUAAGUAUGCUUCAGGACAUUAUUUUAGGCAUGAUGGAUUCUUAUUCUAUGACAAUCGUUUAUGUGUGCCUAAUUGCUCUUUAAGAGAUCUAUUUGUCAGGGAAUCCCAUGGAGGAAGCUUGAUGGGUCAUUUUGGUAUAGCAAAAACCCUUAAAGUUUUGCAGGAUCACUUCUAUUGGCCGCAUAUGAAAAGAGAUGUGGAGAGAAUCUGUGGAAGGUGCACAACUUGCAAGCUUGCAAAGUCUAAGGUUCAACCUCACGGUUUGUAUACUCCUUUGCCUAUUCCUACUCAUCCUUGGAAUGAUAUAUCUAUGGACUUUGUUAUGGGUUUGCCUAGAACUAGGACUGGAAAGGAUUCUAUCUUUGUGGUUUUUUCUCCGUUUGAAAUUGUUUAUGGGUUCAAUCCCAUCUCACCUUUGGAUCUAAUACCUUUACCUGAGUGUGAAAGGGUUAGUAUGGAUGGAAAAAAGAAAGCUGAGAUGGUUCAGCAGAUUCAUGAGCAAGCUAAGCGCAAUCUAGAAGAGAAAACUAAGCAAUACGCCAAACAAGCCAACAAGGGAAGGCGUGAGAUGAUCUUUGAAGUUGGAGAUCAAGUAUGGGUUCACUUGAGGAAAGAAAGGUUUCCAAAAGAGAGGAAGUCUAAGCUAAUGCCAAGGAUUGAUGGCCCUUUUGAAGUCACCAAGAGGAUCAAUGACAAUGCCUACAAACUUGAUCUGCAAGAUGAGCCAGAUUUGAGGUCAAAUCCUUUUCAAGAGGGAGGGGAUGAUGUGAUCAUGGACCAACUAUGUUAUCCAGGUGAUGAGGACAUUCAACCAGAGCCGGAACCAGACUUAACUGAACCUGAUAUCCAGGACAUGAUCAGCAACAUAACCAAAUCAGAGACAGUCCAAGAAGUGCCAGUACCAACCGUAUUCAAGGGAGCUAUCACUAGACAAAGAGCUAAGGUUAAACUGGCUGAUGAACCAAGCUUGAAGCAAGAUGAACUAAAGGGUGCAGAACCGGUUAAGGAGAAGCAAGCAUCAAGUGAGGAUAUGUGGCCACUCAUCCCGGAGCAAUGCCACACCAACCUGAUGAUCAUUACCAUGGAAGAUCAACUUGCCUAG